UUAUAUAGCCUUUACACAUUUUACUUUAUUCUUUUUUUUUCUUUUUGGGGAGUUCAUAGAGAUCAUAGGAUUCCUUGUUGUUUCAAGGGUUUCAGUUUUAGGGUGAUCAAAGUCCGUUCUUUUGAGGUUUUUGUGAUUCAAAUUCUGAAAUCAAUUAUGAGGAGUAUGCUUUCUGGAAGAGGGGCUAUCUGUAAAGUUACGGUCGUUGUACUAACACUCCAACAUAGAAUAUUAGAGACAGCUCUUUCAUUUGAUUAUUGUUUUGGCCAAUUUAACGUUUAUGCUGUAAGAAUGUUGCUUUGACAUAUUCUUUCGAGAGUUGUGGAUCUGCCAAUGCGACUAGAUAUGGAGUUGGAUUUCAAGAAGAGCUGCUCGUCUGAUCUAAGUCCUAACACUGUUCUUCCACGUAGACAUUUUUCAGAUGUUGGAAAGAAAAGCACGAACAGCAAACUUACACGUAAAGAUGAUUUGUUGACAGUAAAGGAAGGCUUCACAGAGAUAAGUUUUCAUCGCUAUCGCAGUUCCUCCUGUAAGACUCCAUCUAGACCUGUUGGUGUAGAAGGAAACGUUGAGUUGAAGCGAGGUUCCAUUUAUCAAAGCUCCAGAGAGGUAAGGAAAGUGAAGAAAAUGGUAGUUAAUGAGGGAAGGAGAAAAAUUGAAUUGUCUCGUGAUAGUGACACUACUUUCUCCUUUAGCAUUGUUGACUCUUUGUGUUGUUCAGAUGAUGAGAACACACAGAAGAGAUCCCCUGCAUUGUCUGUGAACUCAAACUUGAAUCCAACAUCUGUUAGGAAGUCUUGCAUAGAACCAUGCUUAUCAGAUGGCUUCAUUGAAAUCUGUCCAAAUUUGGAUAAUAGAGAAAAACAACGUGCAGGAACUGUAAGAAGUGAUUCAAUUGAGAAUCCAACUUUCAGAUGUGAGCAGGUUGUUGGUCGAGUAAAUGAUGCUAAUGACCUUGAAAACGAUAUGGCUGUGACAUUCCAUAGAUCGCUUUCUGCUAAGGUAGAAAUGCCUCAUUCACCUCCUCCUUCAGAAAAUGAUUGCUCUUCUAGAGCCAGCUCAAAGUCCCGGUUUAGCCCCAUCAAAAAGAUGUUUGAUCCAUUUAAGAAAUCCAAGUCUUUACGGAGUCCUUUGAGUUAUAUAUCAGAACUUGGUGAUGUCAAAACUACGGGGAUUUCAAAUAUCAGAAGGAAUCAAAUCAUGAGGAAACCUUUGUUGCAUGACUUUGCAAAUACAAUUGGGAAAUCUGAUAUUGGUUCUCCACUUGUCCUGAAAGAUCACAAUCGUUCAACUGUGGCAUGUUCACCAGUUCACCUACAUGGUUGUCUCAAGUUGGAAAAUAAACGUGGGGUACCGUAUUUCGAGUUCUCAUUGGAUUGCCCGGAAGAAGUUUUAGUGGCCAAGGCAUGGAAGGCAAAUAAUCUUGUUAAUUGGGUGUACACAUUUCACUCCAUUUGCAAUAGAAAGAAAAGCAAUGCCAGUGGCUGGAGUUUGACUGAUGGCAGCAAGGAGUCCUUGGUGGUGGGACAGAUGCAAGUUUCCUGCUAUUUAUGCUCAGAACUAAAAGAUGGUGGGAUUUUUGACAACUCUAUGGUGACGGAAUUUGUAUUGUAUGACAUUGCACAUGCGAGAAAAAGUGUUUCUUCACAAGAUUCCCUUGAUAUUGUUAAACUUUCCAAUUGUUCUAAAGCAGGCUAUGGUGGUGGAAUUCAUGAGUUGGACAAUGGCUCUGAUCCAAUGAAAUUCAAACAUCAAACAAAACGUGCUUCUGAUAGCAGCAACUUUGAUUCUUCAAAUCCUCAUCUGUGGCCAUCUUCAGUUUUACACUCAGACCUUGAAAUUGCAGCUAUUGCCAUUCAUCUCCCAUUUGCAAAGAGAGAAAGCUUGAAAUACAAAAGGGGGGAUAAGAGUGGAGAUACAGUGCAUUCAAAUCUACUCAACCAUUCUAAGUUUGAGCAAAAGGGAAAAGACUUCAUGGAUAGAAAAAGUCCGGACAAGUUGAAUGUGGUAAUUCCAACAGGAAAUCAUGGUUUGCCAAUUGAUGAAAGCCAGGGCCCUUCUUCUUUGCUUGAUAGAUGGAGAACGGGUGGAGGUUGUGACUGUGGUGGAUGGGAUAUGGGCUGUUCACUUACUGUUUUUGGCAGUCCUGGUAUCAGAUGUGCUGAAGAUGAACCACUCAUGGACUAUCAACAGCCUUUGGAACUUUUUGUUCAGGGAACAAAACAGAAAAUUCCAGCAUUGACAAUGAGAGUUGUUGAAGCGGCGCAAUAUGCAGUUGAUUUCCAUGCACAGCUAUCUGCGUUACAAGCAUUUUCCAUUUGUGUUGCUGUAUUGCAUGGUACUGAAGCGUCCAAUGAUAUUGGGGAGGAAAAAAGCAAGCAGUUGCCGCAUUGCAAUUCACUGAAAGUCCUUUUCGAAGAGGAAAUGGAGUUCGUAAUCGAAGCAGUCACAGAGGAGGAAAAGAAGAAAGCCUCCAAGAAGAUGGAAGAGAUUCAGCAGUCUUAUGUGCUCAACCCUCCUUUUUCUCCAAUUGCUCGGGUAUAGACUAAACCAGAUAGCUUGAUAAUGCAGAAUGGCUCUUUCCAAGAAACAAAGCUUGGCCUUGGAUGGACUGGAAAUGAAAGAAAUAUAUAUUAAAAUACCACUAAAAGAUUACAAUCGCUGCAGUUUUUGGUCUUAGGUUACUAGUUUUGGAGACUCUUUGGUUCUUGUGCAGCCUUCAAUAUUUUAAUCCGUUAAGUUGAAAGUUUCACUUGAAUGAACUAUCAACUCUGGAGCAAGAAGCCAAGAGGGUGACUGCAUAUCAGAAUGAAAAAAAAUCCUUAGAUGUACAAUUUGAUUUGUUGUUCCAUUUCUACUAGUAGGAAUAGAAUAGGAGACACACACUGUCCAUCUUGUAAGUUGAUAGCAAGGGAAACGUACCGAUUCAAUUGUUGAGAGUGAGCCCCGUCCAAUACUUUUGUGUAUUGUAAUUAAUGGGUACAAGGUGGUAUAGGGGAGGUCUAGAAGCUCUGGUUAUUAGUAUAUUUUGGGCUAGGUAGUUCAAAAUUUUGUUAAAAAAUCCUGUAUCUCCGAAAGAAUAAAUAGUGGUUAAACCCCCUCUUCUUUUU